CCCGGCAGUGGACUCGAGUUGCAGCUGGAGAGAUAAGACUCAGUUGGUCAGACAGAGCAGCGCUGGGUGGCAAAGUAACCAAGACCGUCUGUUUUUCUCGCGUUUUCUAUCCAACGUAAGRAACGGCCUUGGGCGAUCCUCAUGCGACGCACGACUCAUUCUGGAAAUCUGCUAAAGGUGGAGAUAAUGAGAUGCAAAUGUCACAACUGAGGAAGUGAAAAAGAAAAGAAACKGAACCAUGGCAGAAGACCUUGAGAAGUCACCUAUAAACUGGACUGAGUCCGAUGUAAGUGCCUGGCUACGGUCGAUUGGGGUGAAGGAGCAAUAUAUAAAAAAGCUCCAYGAAGAGGAAGUAGAUGGACAAACCAUGCUUGCUCUGACAGAGGACUUUUUAAAAACAGAGAUUUGCAUGAAAUCGGGACCUGCUCAUUUGAUUAUCCAAAAAAGAGAUGCACUGCUUAACUCUCAGAAGAACAAACAAGUCACUAGAGGCAAAAGGUCUGAGUUGGAGCAAAAAAAAUCAGUGGAAGGUUCUCAAACAACGGAGGAAGGUUSUGAAGAUCCUGUGAGAAACAGAGACRUUUCUAAAGAGAGACAAAAUGUUCAGAAAGAAUGUGUGUUGUCUUCAAAGGAGGACUGCAAACCAAGACCGUUUGAUGAAGACGACAUUGAUUUUAUCUACUUAAAGCACAGAGUCCUCCAACCUGAAUCAGGGGCUUUCAAUUUAAUAUCUCCUUGCCAUGAAUACAAGUCUUUUGCAACAGCUGCCACACUGGACCGUACAAGACUCCAAGCAAAGUUUGCCAGGGAAGUUUUUAAAUUYGCUACUGGUUGCAUGAAUAUCAGAUCAAAUGGCACCAUACAUUUUGGCGUGAUGGACAGCAAGGAGAAUGAAGGAUAUGUGCAUGGGGAGAUAAUUGGGAUUCCCAUAAAAGAAAAGGACAUCUAUGUAGAUGCUUUGGACCUCAGUGAAAAAAGUUUCCGCUCUGACAAGGAGCAAGUACUUCAGUGUGUGCGGCCGCCAAGGUUCAUUGAGGUUAUGGAUCGAGAAAGUACAGAAAAGAGAUAUGUGGUGGAGGUAGACAUUGUGCCUUUAUUAAACAUUGUGAAGAACAAGGUGUAUUCAGUGCGCCUGCCAAAUUUUAAAGAGGCGACUAACAAAUUAGAGUUUGAGAAAGAAGUGAUUUUUCGAAGGGUUGGCUCAAAGACCGAGCCGGUGAGUGACUUAGGGGAUUUCUACCAGAGAGUCAAGGAUCGAGACACACAAAGAGACGAAGCAGAGAAAAAGCAGUUUCUCAUUGCUCCAGAGAUCUGCCAAGAUCUUGGAAGGAAGCUCACAAUGCUCCUGACCAGUGGAAAGAAAUUYAUUACAAAGGACAAAUGGUUCAUACUUGUCACAAACAAAUUCAAAUCCAGCGACCUCAGUAAUAUCGACUGGCUGCUCAACAUGAAUGUGUUCUGUGUAUUUGACUUUGACCCAGAUUCAAAGAUAUCAGGUCUGUGCAGCAAGUACCUUGAGCACCAUGCUGCAAACAUGCAUUUUCUGCAGAGCUACAGAAUGCCUGCUGGUAUGACCAUAAAGGAUUUCACUAACCACCUGCAUCUGUUUGAGCAGACUAGCUGGAUUUUUUGCAAUGGUCGCUCCGAUUUCAAAGGGAAUGAAGCUUCAUGUGAUGAAAUGACCUGGAUUAAGACAAAAAUGACUUUCCUGCGGGAAUCUGUGUCUCUAAUCUGCAAACAAAUCCUCCCAAAAGGCACAUUUCAAGUAAUUUUUCUGCUAACAUCUCCUGUAGAAAAGCCACUCCUGCACACGUUUUAUGAGUUUUUCACAGACAUGGAAGGUCAUGAGGACAUAAUCUGCAUCUGUGACUGUGAAAAAAACUACCACAAGUGGCAAAGCUUUGCAGAGGGUUCCUGUGGAAAAGAAGCUGUUAACAACUCGAGCAUUGUUGGGAUGAAGAUGAGUCAUGUGAAUGCAACCUUACAGCAUGUACAGCCCGUCAAAGCACACGUCAAGAAACACCUGCCUGUCUUUGUGAAAGGGACAUGUCUUCUUGAAACACAGAUAGAAGAGCAAAUGUACUCCCUGGAAAUUCUCGCCGUCAACCAUUGUGAUGAAAGCACCAAAGAAUUCAUCAAGGAGGAGAAAGGAAACAUUGAACAGCAGUUUUACCGAGGUGGGAGAGUCACCUGGCUCAAUUUCUGGCUUGCUGACCACAAGCAUGUCGAAGACGUGAUUGAAAGAGAUGCUUACCAUGACACAUCCCGACUUCUUAAUGAUGUCUUGAAAUUCAAUGCUGAUCAAACUCCUGUAAACUGUAUAAACAUUUACCAUCACCCAGGAAGUGGUGGUAGCACUGUGGCAAGACAGGUGUUGUGGCACAACAGGAAGGAUCUGAGGUGUGCAGUUGUGAAGUCUUAUCCAGCCUCUGUAGUUGCUCAGCAUGCUGUAGAGCUAAGAGAAUAUGAAGAAAAAGAUCCACAGAUGUGCCUCCCUGUGCUGCUUCUUCUUGAAGACACUGACAAGGAAUACAUAGAUGAUCUGAGGAAUGAACUAGAGGCUGCUGUGAAUAUCAAACAAAUCCAAUAUGGAACCCUUUGUUUCAUCUUGUUGAGCUGCAGACGUUCCCACGACCCAGAGAGGAAAUGCAAAGAGUCUCCACUACAGAAUGUGUCUGUAACCCACAAACUGUCUGAUCAGGAAAAGAGAAAGUUUGCUGGUAAGCGACAAACUCUCGAGGAACGCUAUGCACCUUCAUUCAUUUUAACAUUUGUUUUGAUGAGUGAAGGAUUCUCCCAAGAUUACAUUCAAGACUUUGUGAAACAUUUACUUCAGGAUAUUGAUCAAAAAUCUGUUGURACUCGUCUCAUGCAUUAUGUUGCUUUGCUGAACACGUAUGUUCAAAACUCUUUCAUCUCUCAGUCUCAYUGUGAAGCUUUGCUCGCCUUAACCGUUCACCUAGAGAGGUUCCGUCAGCAUGCAUUUGAGAGUUUACUCAGUGAUCARGCCAAGCUGGUGUUCUUGCAUCUCAGAGAUGACAAGACACACAUUGAAUCAAUCAGAAUCAUCCACCCCCUUGUUGCAAAAGAAAUUCUGCAACAACUUCUGGGGGGCAAACARACCCAAAGCAGACUGGCAAUGAAUUUGCUCUGUGAGAAGGUGCUUUUUGAGCACCGAUUUGGAAGGGAGGAGUAUUUGACAUUUUUAAGACAUCUCUUCCUAAGACGGUCCAGAAUCAGUAAAGGGGAUGAAUGUGAUAGUUUCUUCUCUCCCCUUAUUGAGCAUGUGUGUGACAUUGAGAAAAACCCCAACAAAGCAAUUGAGUUGUUAAAAGAAGCCUUCGAGUGUUUCAAUCAAGAUCCAUUCUUUGCUCAACAGCUUGCUCGACUUCAUUACACCUAUGAGAAGUUUGAAGAGGCAAAACACUGGGCGGAAACAGCGGCUAAGCAGUUGCCCAAUAACUCAUACAUACUAGACACAAAAGGUCAGGUGUACAGAAAAUGGUUCCAAGCAAAAUGCAAAGCAAUAGAAAGUGAGAGCAAACCAAAGACGGCCCAAGAUACAGUGGAUGCAGUGGGGACUGCCCUGAAAGCCCUCGAGUGCUUUCAAGAAUGUGAGAGGGCAGCCAAUGCAGAGAUGGAAGAUGUUAAUAGCUCUGGGUUUUUUUCUGAGGUCGAAGUUGGAUGCAGCCUUCUCAAACUGAUCUCCUCUCUUCAAGUSUUUGCAAACCGAACCAACGGCCACGCUGAAUGUAUGAAGUACUUGYUAACAGAUUACAUCCCAGAGGAACUCGACCGUGCCUGGGAACCAUUUCAUGGCCGUUUGAAGAAACUUCACAAAACAAUGCAAGACGCCUUGGAAUGGAUUUCAGAGGACCUCAGCUACUUCCAGACAGACAUUGGAGAUGAAGAGGAGAUCCCUGAAAGACCUGAAGAAAAAAUAAGUCAUCCACUCACAUGGCUGGCAAAGAAAUCUGCUGAAUAUGGCAAGUACUUCAGUGAAGCAGAUUCUGCUAUGCUUCUGAAAAAAUGCCAGACAAUUGAAAGCAAAUUUACACCUUUUCAGAAACGCAUGAUUAUCUAUCAUCUUGGGGGAGGGAACAUCAUAUCGAUCCUCUCAAAACUAACUGACCAAAAGGAUGCAGUACGUCGUUUGGAGCAUAUCCUUACUCUUUACCCCAGCAACCCAUUAAAGGUCAAAUUUACGCAAAGGGACAUUGUCAAUUACAUAGCAGCACACAUUUCCCUAAACUGUCUGUCCCCUCAACCACAAAAAGCAGACCCGCUGAAAGAGCUACAGGCUCUUUGUCGCCAAUUUCCAACUGAUAAAAGGAAAUGUUUUCCAAGUGCCUUGUUCUUGCUUACCAUGCUGUUCUGGCCUGAGGAUCGUGAUACAGACCAAGAGAGAGAAAGCAAAUAUGAGAUUGUGCAGUCGGCAGUUGAACACCUUGAGAAAGGCUACUGGGCCAAGAUAAAAGACAUUCCCCAGCGGAAAAGAAGGAUCUACACCCAUUUUUACUUGGGAAACGGGAAUGGGCUGGAUAAAUUUGUCCACAAGAGAAAGUUUGACAAAAUCACCAAGGGGUUCUCWGUCUCUGAGAAGCGCCUGAAGUGGUUCAGCGGUGAGGCAUGGAAAAGUCCUGAAAUUGCCACCAUGCUGAAACGUGUUUCUGGAUGGACGGAGGACAGGGUGGUGUACCUUGAGGGCCCCCAGAAAAAGAAGUUUAAUAUCCUGCCUCUCUUUGUGCCUUCGGUGCCUCAUGGUAAUGAAAACAUUACCUUCUACCUGGGAUUCACCUUUAGAGGUCCCGUUGCAUGCAACAUUCUUGUCAAAAAGUAGUUUGGCAGUCACAUAAGUAUUGUUUUAUUAAAUGCUAAUCUCACAAAACAAGCUGAUGCACAAGUUAUCAUGUU